UAAUCAAGUUAGGCCUCCCAAUUCCCAUCCAACAUUUUCCCCCUCUUUUAUAAUUUCCUUUUAUUUCAACUUGAAUCUCCAUUCUCCGAGAAAUUGACCGGCGAAUCUCCCCGCGACCUCUUUCUCCGGCGAAAUUGAAUUCCAGAAAUAGAAAGAAAGAAUGGCAGAGCAGAAGAAACAGCAAGUGGGAUCUAAAAAAGUGAAUCAGCUUCGUCCAUUGGAUAGUGGGGUUAAUGUAACUGUAAAGGUUAUUAGUAAGAAGCCAAUUGCACAGAGAAAUCGUCUUGCUGAAUGUUUGGUGGGUGAUGAAACUGGAAUUAUUAUCUUCACUGCCCGCAAUGAUCAAGUGGAUUUAAUUCAAGAAGGUUCAACACUAGUCCUGACAAAAGCUAAAGUUGACAUGUUCAAAGGAUCGAUGAGGCUUGCUGUUGAUAGAUUUGGCUGUAUUGAAGUUGGUGCACCAGCCAGUUUCUCGGUGGAGCAAGAUAUUAACAUGUCCUUGAUUGAGUUCGAACGUGUAGACGUUGUUGUGUAAGCAACCAUUGCCUUCCCCCCAAAGGGAGCAAAAGCCUUGAAUACAAAGCUUAAUUCUAUCUCUUAGGUACUUUUACCUUGCAUUUCUGUUCACAUACUGGAAGAGAAAGACUGACACUCAUUCCCAGAGCAAACAUUUUGUAGUAUUGAAGAGGAACAAGCUGUUAAUUCUUGUUUUGCUUAUUAAUGUGUCGGAUAAUCUAAGAUUUAGAGAUUACAAAGUAGUGUUUUUAUAGAUAUGUUUUGUUGGAUAAUCAGUGGUCCUUUUAUUAAUGUAUUGAACCUUUUCUUUAA